AGAGCACGCACCACCACGUCACUCACACUGACUCUUAGUCUUACUUACCCGUAGUUGUAUGCGAAUCUCCAUCUACCCUGAUUAUACUGUAUGUGUAAGCCCCCGGAAAAAAAUAUUCGUAGAGCCAUAGAACCGCCGUAAGUUUGACCCGAAGAUCCCCGCACUUCUGUACACGUACACGACGACCCAAAUUAUACGGCUCAUCCUCUUGUAGUUCUACCAACUUUACUACAACUACACCUUCUCCUCCUAAAGAUGAACGGUCUGAACACGAAAGGACCCCGGUCCGCGAACUCGGCCCUCACCGCCCCGUCCCGGAUGUUGCUCCCCGGUCUGGUGAUGCACCGCGCGCCCCCGAAGAAGAAGAAAACGGGGUCGCCGACCAAGGACAACGAGGCGCUGAAAACGGUGAUCGUGCACCACCACAUCUACCACCACCACUACGUGGCGCGGCAGAAGCCCACAGCGGGGUCGACCAAGCUGGAACCAGUUGAAGUGGUCCCUGUAUUGGAAGAUAUUAGCGAGGUAGUGGAGGAAGCGCCCCUUGCGUACAACGCAACAGGGUUUCCACUGCCAGGAGCGAAAAAGAAAAAAUCAUCCUCUGUGCAAAGACCGCAAGAUGCUGGUGACCACGACCACCACGACCAGCAAACAACAACCGCCUACAUAACGGAAGUGACGGAGGAAAACGAAAACGAAAACCAAACGUUGAUAGACGCGCGGCAAGCAGAACAAAUCGACCUGGCGAAGAGACAACAGCAGCAGUAUGAGCAGGCGGUGGGGAGCAGUUUGGAGGGCGCGAGCUGGAACGCGCUGACCUCCAACGCGAAAUCCGCCUCCAGCACGUCGACUACCCUGAAAAGCAUCAUCAGCCAGGAGCUGAAAGAGAUGGACGAAGAGGAAAAGAAAAGGCGGGAGGAGAAGGCAAUAAUGGCUGCAGCACAAGAAGCCGCAGAUCCUCAUGCAAAGGAGGCAGCAGUGGUUUCGGGUUCCACGACAAGCGUUCUUGGAGGUGGAGCUGCGCCAGGACCGGAUUCGUCGGGCGCAGGAGCAGCGGAUGGAAGUGCUACGGCAGCUGCCCUGGUCUCCUCAAGUUCCAAGGAGACUGUACCUACUGCUGCAGGUAAUAUGGAGGAACAACAGACGGCACCCUCCUUGACACAGACUCCCUCUGUCGUGAAACCGUUCCCGUCUCCCUACGAUGAUGCGACGGGAGGAGCAGGACUGGGAGCGCCGGCUCAAGAACCAAGUGCCUCGCAUCAAACGGCAUCUACUUCCCCAGUGCAAGUACAGCUACCUGCUUCAGGUGAGCAAGCAGCGGGUGAUGU